AUGGAAACUUCAAGAUCAACGUUACAAAGUGUCAUUCGAGGUGUAGGAGAAAUGGAUAUUUAUAAUCAGCGACGUCCAAAACCUAUUAUGGAAGAAUGUGAUCUUGAAUAUGAAGAACGACCCUAUCUGAUUGUUGAUUUAAGAGAUAGAGACGAUUACAAUAUGAACCAUAUUAUUGGAGCCCAUCAUUAUCCAGUUGCUAUGUUAUCAAGAUGUCAAAAUAAUGAAACAAGAGAAUUGUUGUCAUAUAAAAAUAAAAAGGGAAAGGUUAUUGUGUUUUAUGACGAAGAUGAACGUAUUGCUUCAAAAGCAGUUACAGUUAUCGUAGAACGUGGAUAUAACAAUGCAUUUUUACUAACAGGCGGUUUAAAAUAUGCGGCACGAAAAUUUCCCGCAGGUUUGUUGACUGGCUCAUUUCCAGUAUCUUGGACAACAUCACAGACGCCUGGAAUCAAAAUAAAACGAUCAAAAUCAAUGGAUCAUAAUGGUGUAUUGUCAGCACUAGGCAUAAGUCAAUCACAACGACUAAAUCGAGGAUCUUAUAUAUCAUUACCUCAACGUGAAUACUUUACAUCAGAUGACGUUGAGAAAUUGAGCAGUGAACUCGAUAUGAAUUUGGUACCCACUGAUUCCGGCAGUCGUCUAUCUCGGCAAUCAACAGUAGCUAGUAAACAGAGUAUUCGUUCUAGUGUCAGAUCGCAACGUUCAAAUGUAAGCAGCAUUCAUGGAAAACCAUGGAAACCUUCUUAA